GGAGAGAGAGAGAAAGAGAGAGAGAGAGAGAGAGAGAAAGGUUUAUUACUUGGGAAUUUAGGAUUUUCCAUUGAAGAAGAAAAAGAAGAAGAAGAAGAAGAAGAAGAAGAGAAGAGAAUGAGAAUGAGAAUGAGAAUGAGGGUAGAAGAAGAAGAAGAGGAUUUAUCAAUUAGAGAGAAAGAUGAGGAAAUUAUGGAAGGAGGUAACUUAAAAAAGGGGUCAUCAAAAGAUGAACUUUUUCAUGUCAUUCAUAAGGCUCCACCUGGUGAUUCUCCCUAUGUUAGAGCUAAGUAUGCUCAGUUGAUAAAGAAGGAUCCAGAGAGUGCAAUUGCAUUAUUUUGGGAGGCAAUAAAUAAAGGGGACAGAGUAGAAAGUGCAUUAAAAGAUAUGGCUGUGGUUAUGAAGCAAAUUGAUAGAGCUGAAGAAGCCAUUCUUAUUCUCCAAACCUUUAGAUUUCUUUGCUCAAAACACUCUCAACAUUCUCUCGACAAUGUUCUUAUAGAUCUUUUUAAGAAAUGUGGGAGAAUAGAGGAGCAAAUUGAGUUAUUGAAGAGACAAUUGAGAAUGAUAUAUCAAGGAGAAGCUUUUAAUGGAAAACCCACAAGAACAGCUCGUUCUCAUGGCAAGAAAUUUCAAGUUUCUGUCAAACAAGAAACCUCUAGAUUAUUGGGAAAUCUCGGAUGGGCCUACAUGCAAAAGCCCAAUUACAUGAUGGCUGAAGCAGUGUACAAGAAGGCCCAAAUGAUCGAUCCAGAUGCGAACAAGGCUUGCAAUUUGGGCCUUUGUUUAAUAAAACAGGGCCGUCUCAAUGAGGCCACUUUUGUUCUCGAACAAGUCCAGCAAGCCCAAAUUCCGGGCUCUGAUGAAACAAAAGCCCAGAAACGGGCAGCUGAUUUGCUCACCGAAAUCAGGUCAAGGCAAUCUCUGCCCGAUUCUAUUGAAUUAUUGGGCCUUAGUGUCGAUGUUGAUUUGCUUAAUGGGCUUGAGCUAUUGGUAAACAAAAAAGGCCCAUUUGGUAGGUCCAAGAGGCUUCCUGUUUUUGAGGAAAUUUCUUCAUUUAGGGAUCAAUGAGUAUAUGUUGAAAUAACUUUUUAAAUUUUUCUUUUAGGGAUUUUUUUAGUGGAUGGGGGUUGGUUGAUGUUUGCAUUUAGAAUAAUGUGUUUGGUCUUCCAUUUGUAGAUAAUGAAAAGUGGAAUUGUUUGAAGGAAA